GGACUGACUAGUGUUCAGUCUUGCGCUAUCUCAGCUCCGCGGAUGUGGUUGGUGGCGGUCGCGUGAUGAUUCGUCGAGGUAGAUCCGUGAAAUUGUAGAUGGAGAUUCAGCAACCGCAUUUCCGCGUUCACCCCGCGCUGGACCAAGCAGUACCCUCGGACGAUGAAUGUACCCCACAACGGCCUUGCUCCAUGUCUGCACGGGGUAGUAUGCAGAAGACGACGAUGGCUAAUUUGCCGGUGCUCAUGAGCUUACUACAAUCUGACUGUCGAAGAAGAAGGUCGGACUGAUACGCUAGACGUUACGGUAAAUGGGCCAACAUGACGCUUCCGAUUGUGGCUUCAGCGGCAGUUGCUGUGGGUGCAUACUUGAACGGCAAGUAUAAUAUACUUCAUGACCUGAAAGCGCUUUACGGCACCAAGAUAUACGGUGCCAAGGUCGUCGAAGACUUGUACAGAAAGCACGGUGAAGACGACUGGAGCCUGUAUCAUGUCUUGGAUCAGACAUUUACCCGGCUAGGCGACCGCGCCAUAACGAGAGAGGCUCUUGUCUUCGAGGGACGCGUCUGGACCUACUUGGACCUGGUACGGGAUGUUGCCAAGUUCGAGCAGCUUCUGAAAGAGCGCGGCGUAAAGUGCGGCGACAUGGUUGCAAUGGUGAUCAACAACUCUCCCGAGUUUAUCAUCACAAUCUUUGCUCUGUGGAAGAUCGGCGCCGUUCCCGCGCCCAUAAACACGUCGCUCACCGCCGCUCCACUCAAGCACUGCAUGGCCAUCACAAAGACGAGCAUGGUGAUCACGACAAACGAGUUGCUGCCGGCCAUUUACGCCACCUUGGAGGACUAUGCUUCUGAGCGUGAAGGGCUGCAGGUUCUGUGCUACGACUAUGACACGUAUCCCGCUCUUCAGGAGAUCCCUGCCACGGUGCAGCACGUCCGACAUGCAGCCCUCAAGGAAGGCAAGCUUAAGUUUGACCAACGGCCCCGCCGUCUCCCUGAGGAUCCGUGUAUGCUACUGUACACGUCGGGCACGACCGGCAGGCCGAAGGCGGUGAAGUGGCCUUGUGGCUUCAGCAUGAUGACCAAGACAUCUCGUUGGCCAUACCUGUGGCAGGAGACUGAUAGGUGGUACUGCGCGCUGCCGCUGUUCCACGGGACCGCCACCUGGGCCUGUGUCUGUCCUACACUUGGGCAGGGCGCCACGGUCGUGCUCGCUCGCCGCUUCAGCACCAGUGGCUUUUGGCGCGACGUUGUGAGCGGUCGCUGCAACUCCGUCAUCUAUAUUGGCGAAAUGUGCAGAUACCUGGCUCAGGCGCCAAAAAGCCCUUACCUCGAGGACGAGCGGAACGGACACCGGGUCGAGAAGAUGUUUGGGCUCGGCAUGUCAGCCGGCCCGUGGGCAGUGAUUCGAGAGCGUUUUGGCAUCUCAACGAUCGCGGAAUACUGGAGUGCCACCGAAUCAACGGGGCUGCUGAUCAACGUCAACAGGAACUCUUUUGGACUCGGCAAGAUCGCGCGCAUGUCACCCCUUAUGAAGAUGUUCACCAAAAACGUUCUCAUCAUCCGCCGCGAUUUUGAGACCGGCGAAUUGGUACGCAACCCAAAGACGGGACUAUGCGUCGUGGCCGAUGUGAACGAACCGGGAGAAGCCGUGGCACUUGUCGAUCGGUCUGGUGGCAUUCUGGUGCGACACUCGUACUUGGAUAACGAGCCUGCGACGAUGGAAAAGGUUGCUCGAGAUGUCCUCACCAAAGGCGAUGAGUACACCCGCAUCGGUGACCUCAUGGUAAUGGAUGCAGACGGCUUCGUAACAUUUGUAGAUCGCCUCGGCCAUGGAUGGCGUAAUAAGGGACAUAAUAUAUCCGCGACUGAGGUUGAGUCUGUACUGGCCACUCAUCCGGCCGUAGUUUCCACAUCAGCAUUUCCCAUUGCUCUGAGGCCGUACGGCUAUGAGGGUCAAGUUGGAUGCUGUGUCAUCACUGUUGCGCCGGGAACAACGCAGCAAACAAUCCGAGAGAUGGAAGAGUACAUGAUUCGAGGUGGUCUGCCCGUGUACGCGGUACCUCGCUUUUUGCGUGUCACCCAGAGCGACGCGGUCGGGGUUAGUGCGGUCUUCAAGAAGCAAAAGGAGGACUACAAGGCUGCUGGGUUCGAUCCAAGGGACGGUGAUCAGGUUUACUGGAUCAGAACGGAGAGGAGCGGGUACGAACCGCUGGAUGACUCUGACAGGAACAUGAUUCGCAACGGACGCGCGAGACUUUGACACGAAUUCGCAGCGUUGGCGUGGCCAUUGCGUUGAUAUACGUCUACUGCAGAGACACAAUACAUAUUGGUACACUCAUAGUAGAUAUAAUAGUCUCGUUGGCCUAAAUGAGUUGUCUUUCCUCCAACUCACAUCAGUUCAUAGCUACCAAGGAGAACUCCAGUAAUAUAUAUUAUCG